AUGGCAUCAGCCAAACUAGGAUGCGAUAUGAGCCACGUAAUCUGCGAGCCUUCAGCAGCUACGGUAAUAAAAUCAUAUUCUCCGAAUCUCAUGGUGCAUCCCAUCCUCCAAAGCACUAACUCAGUUCCCAAUACCUUGACAAAACGAGACCCGUGUUAUCAUGCUGAGCCUAUCAUCUCCUUCCUAUCCCGAGUUCACGUUCUAGUCAUUGGCCCUGGUUUGGGCCGAGACCCACUCACCCAAAAAAUUACCAUGGAAGUAAUAAAAGAGGCUCGUGCAAAAGGAAUUCCUAUGGUACUGGAUGCCGACGCACUCGUAAUUGUUCAGACAUAUCCUGCACUAGUCAGAGGGAAUGAGCAAUGCAUUCUCACACCCAACGUUGUUGAAUUCAAACGCCUUGCCAGAGCUCUGGGGGUGGAUGUGUCUAUGCUGGAUACAGGAAGUGAAGAUAGGGAGGAAAAGAAUAGGCGAAAAAAUGAGUCAGAAGCGUGUGAAAAAUUGUCAAAUGCCUUGGGUGGAGUGAUGAUAAUUCAGAAGGGAAUUCAUGAUAUAAUUUCGAACGGAGUUUUGUCCUUAAUCUCAGACUCACAAGGCGGGAAGAAGAGAUGUGGCGGCCAAGGAGACACCUUAACAGGAGCUUUAGGAACAUUCCUUGCUUGGAGAAAGGCAUAUCACGAAUGUUUAUGGGACAUAGGGGAGAUGUCUCCCUUAAACCAAGAAAUAGCGAAAAGUCGAGCUAACAUCGAAGCUGAGCUAUAUGACGAAUUUAGCAAAGAACAAGAGAGAAAAAUGAGCCCAAAAACGACAUUGUUACUCGCCGCGUGGGCAGGUAGUGUAAUAACGAGAGAGUGUUCGAGGAGAGCGUUUAUUGCUAAAGGAAGAAGCAUGCAAGCCAGUGAUUUGACAGAAGAGGUACAUGGAGCCUUUUUGGAUCUAAUUGGAGAACCGGAGGCAUCAAAGCUGUAG